UUGUAAAGUGGCUGUUCCACUGGAUGUCAUAAGGUGUAUGCACCAAUUUGUAAGUCGCUCUGGAUAAGAGCGUCUGCUAAAUGACUUAAAUGUAAAUGUAAUGUAUGUAUGUAUAUGCAAUAACAUAUCAUAUAUACAGCAAUAACAUAUCACAUAUAUACAGCAAUAACAUAUAUGCAGCAAUAACAUGUAUCAUAUAUACAGCAAUAACAUCAUAUAUACUAAGAAUUUGUUCUUAACUGACUUGCCUGGUAAAAUAAGGGUUACAUUUUUAAAAGAAACACACCUUGCCAUUUUCAUGUCCUCUAAUUCUGAAUAGCCCAGCUGAAGUAGAUAUCCCAACCGCCCAUGAGGGCUUACUGUUUCUAUGCUGAAGUAGAUAUCCCAACCGCCCAUGAGGGCUUACUGUUUCUAUGCUGAAGUAGAUAUCCCAACCGCCCAUGAGGGCUUACUGUUUGGCACCAGAUAGGACCCAGCUUUAUUCUAUGUUGAAGUAGAUAUCCCAACCGCCCAUGAGGGCUUACUGUUUGGCACCAGAUAGGACCCAGCUUUAUUCUAUGUUGAAGUAGAUAUCCCAACCGCCCAUGAGGGCUUACUGUUUGGCACCAGAUAGGACCCAGCUUUAUUCUAUGUUGAAGUAGAUAUCCCAACCGCCCAUGAGGGCUUACUGUUUGGCACCAGAUAGGACCCAGCUUUAUUCUAUGUUGAAUCUGAAAAUACAAUGAAUCAGUCUGUUCUCAUUGGAAGAAAGGAAACUUGGCAGGUGUUAUGUUCUUUUUAACAAUGCCUUAAGUUACUUUGAGUUGCUAACAUGUCUUCCAUCCUCUUAUCCUGACAAAAGGGAGCAAUCGCACAUGUAAAAACAAACAGCUCUUAUCAUGCAGUCAACUUCCCUCAUCAGACUACCAUAAAGGCCUGAUUGGUGGAGGGCUGUAGAGAUGGCUGUCCUUCUGGAAGGUUCUCCCAUCCCUACAGAGGAACUCUAGAGCUCUGUCAGAGUGACCGUCUGGUUCUUGGUCACCUCUCUGACCAAGGACCUUCUCCCCCGAUUGCUCAGUUUGACUGGGCAGCCAGCUCUAAGAAGAGUCUUAGUGGUUCCAAACUUCUUCCAUUUAAUAAUGAUGGAGGCCACUGUGUUCUUGGGGACCUUCAAUGCUGCAGAAAUGUUUUGGUACCCUUCCCCAGAUCUGUACCUCGCCCCAAAAAUUCCUUCGACCUCAAGGCUUGGUUUUUGCUCUGACAUGCCCUGUCAACUGUGGGACCUUAUAUAGACAGGUGAGUGCCUUUCCAAAUCAUGUCCAAUCAAUUGAAUUUAUCACAGUUGGACUCCAAUCAAGUUGUAGAAACAUCUCAAGGAUGAUCAAUGGAAACAGGAUGCACCUGAGCUCAAUUUCAAGUCUCAUAGUAAAGGGUCUGAAUACUAAAUAAGGUAUUUCUGUUUUUAUUUGUAAUACAUUUGCAAAAAUGUUUCAACCUUUUUUCACUUUGUCAUUAUGCGGUAUUGUGAUGUCAUUAUGGGUUAUUGUGAUGUCAUUAUGGGGUAUUGUGAUGUCAUUAUGGGGUAUUGUGUGUAGAUUGAUGAGGGGAAAAUAAUAUUGAAUCCAUUUUAGAAUAAGGCUGUAACGUACCAAAAUGUGGAAAAAAUCAAGGGGGGUCUGAAUACUUUCUGAAUGCACUGUACAUAAAAUGUCUUAAGACAUGGCAUGAGUGUCUUGACAGGCUGUCUCUGGAAAUCUCUUCAAGAUGUGUUUUGAGACAUGUCUUGAAUGUAAGUAUCUUGAGAUGUCUCCAUUGCAUGUCUCAAGACAAAGGUGAUGGCUGGGUAAUUUACUUUGUGAUUGGCUGGAGUGAAAACAACAUUACUUCUCUGUAGUGAAGUACAACUAUGUAGAAACAGGUCUGCAGUAGAACUCAGAAACCAAUUACCUAUAUAAACCCUGGAUCACUGUGUGUUGGCCAUUGAGAGGCUUUGAUGCCACCGGUUGGACAUAGUAGGAGCAGUCCUCCAUGGGAAUGAAUGCAAUUCUACCGUUUUUCAAUAAAAUGUUUCAAGGAGAAAAUGACGUGUAUUUAACUCUUUUUGUUGUAAUAGUACAAUUACCAAUCGUAAAAAAUAUACUUGAAGGAAAAUGUCAUUUUUGUUUAGCUCAAAUACUGUAUAAUUUAAAAGUGUUCAUUAAGGUGUGUAAUAGAAACCAAGAUUGAUAUUUAGAUUCCAUUAGAGUCAUUCACCGUCGCACCGGUUUCAGCCCGCUUCCUCGCGAGGCAGUUGGUUUGAGCCUGUCAAUUCUCCCGGCGGAGCUCAUUCAGUAAACAACCAGCCUGGAGAAUCCGCUGAUGAUUGGCUAUUCGAGGGGAGGGAGUGACGCUUAGAGAGAGAUGGGAGGAGGAGUAGAGAUGUCCGCAAGAAGAACAGGAACAGAGCUCGCUAGUUCCCCCGCCCACACUCCGUGCACUUUCUCUCAAAUCAACUUUCUCUCGCUCUCCAAAAAAUGGUGAGACUGAGCGAAGAGCUGCACCAUCCCGGACCUCUCCCGGUGUGGGGUGUGAUGACGUAGUGCCAGUAUGAGAUAUGAUGGAGAAGCUUUGGACCAGCCUGUCGGAGGUGUCUUGGAGCUCCGUGUCGGUUCCAUUAGAUGCUGUGGUCAGUAAGGUCCGCUUGCCCUGUCUGGUCCGCCUGGCGCCUGGGGAGUGUGUAGAUGGUCUGUGUGAGGAUGAUAUGGUGGUGCUACACUCGUGUCGUCAGUGGACCACCAUCACCGCUCUCUCUCUGGAAGAAGGACACUACGUCAUCGGACCCAAGAUAGACAUUCCUCUACAGUACCAGGGUAGGUUCCGUCUGAUAGAUGAAGACAGAGACGUUAGGGACCCCAUCCAGUAUUUCUCCUCGGUGGAGGAAGUGGCCGGAAUGUUCCCUGACCGCGUCUUCGCCAUGGAAACUAUCAGCUUCACUGUCAAGGUUCUGUCAGGGGAGUUCAGUGAGGACAGUGAGUCGUACAGUGUGGUGCUGCAGCCUGGUGAUGAGCUGUCACUCACGGGAAAGGCAGAGUUCCUCACAGCCACGCCCACCACGGAGAAGACUGGACUGAGCGCGCUCCUGAGACGCCUGGGGAAGACCCCCCGCAGCAAAACUCCAUGUCUGGUGUGUAUGAACCAUCGGACCAAUCAGAGCAUCUCUCUGCCCUUCGCCUGCCGAGGACGGUUCUGCACGCGCUCCCCUCUGGAGCAGGGCAUGCUGGGAGCUGACCACACGGUGCGCAGCAUCAUCGAAAGGGUCCGACUUCCUGUUAAUGUUACCGUGCCGACCAGACCACCACGGAACCCCUACGACCGCCACGUGGUGAGAGAGGGGCAUCGCUACAAGCUGUUGAACAUUGUCAGUAAGACAGUGGUGUUGUGUCUCGUCCUACGGCCAAUACAACUGGUUCCCUCCCACUUCCUGUUGCUACGCUGCAUGCCACGCUUCUCUGUGGCUACGCCCUCUGCAACUACAGACAGCCUGUUGCUACGGCAACAUGCCAGCUUCGACCCUGAUGGGUACAGCCGAGCCGUCCGUGAGACGCGUCCAGAACUCAGCGAGGAGAGAGUGUGUGUGAGCGAGGACGGUGUGUGUGUGAGCCCGCGGAGGGGAGGUGUGUGUGUGUCAGCGCAGGACUCUCAGCUGCUGUCCGUGUGUGUGUUCGCUGGGGGCGGAGUUACAGACAACGUCAGCCAAUCGCAACGCUGCAGAGACUCUCUAGGGGAGGGGACAGAGUACCUCUCUCCCAAUUGGACAGAGGCUGAGCUGCAGACCAGUGAAGAGAUCCCCUACGAGGAACUGUGGACCAAUCAGACUGCAGAGGGCCUGGGGAAGGCAGAGCCAAACCGCAUCUCCGUCCAUUCCUCUUCCUCUUUGGAUGGAUUGCUGGGGACUGCCCGCCUCGCCAUGGUGACAAGAGUAUCAACCCCGCCCCCUGUACCUCCAAAAUCAGACGCAGUGAGAGAAGAGUGCAGGUUCCUGAUCGCUCCUCCAGUUCCUCCUCGAUGCUGUAAAGGAGACUCCUCCCCUUCCUGUCCAAGCCCCACCCCCAGUCCACCGGUCCCGCCCCGCUUCCCUCAGACACAUCUCUCCUAUUACUCUUCUGGACCACCCAACAGUUGUUCUGUCUCUCCUCCAGACUCGUCUCUCUACUGUUAUCCAUGUUCCUGGACUGACCCCUCCCACAUCAGCCCUGAGUCAAUCCCUGCUCUCCCUGCUGACAGCUUGGCCAAUCCCCAGCCAGCGCAGGCCACCUGGGUGGAGCCGUGGAGCUAUAAUUCCUCCUCCUUCUCCCGGCUGAGGCUUCCGCCCCCUCAGAGUCGAUUCGCUCCCUUCGGAGCACUUAACCCCUUUAACCGCCCUAGUCCCUCCCCCUGCCCUUCCCCAGAGCCUAUACCAGCCAAUCAGACAGCAGAGCUCUCCAGAGGCGCCGAGGGAGGUGGGACAUGCGAGGGGUCGACUCCGCCUAGUGACCCUGCCUGGCGCCCGCCCACUGACCUGUCUGCCCUCUCAUUGGAGGAGGUGUCUGCCAGUCUGAGGUUCAUUGGCCUAUCAGAGGCAGCGGUGGGCGUGUUCCAGAGAGAGCGCGUUGACGGGAGCCUCCUGGUUCAGCUCGACGAGGAGACCCUGUCACAUGACUUCCACCUCAGCCGACUGCACGUCACCAAGAUCACACAGUUCAUACAGGGCUGGAGGCCCAAGAUUUAACACCUAUUGUGACACUGUCACAAGGUGUUUAUCACAACAUUGGAGGCUGCUGAUUGGAGGACGGCUCAUAAAAAUGGCUGGAAUGGAAACCAUGUGUUUGAUGUACUUGAUAGCAUUCCACUCCAGCCUUUACCACGAGCCCAUCCUCUCCGAUUACGGUGCCACCAACCUCCUGUGCGAUCUACGUAAAGAACGAAUGCAAGGUUUGCUAUUUUAAUGAAGUACUGUAAAGCCGCUCGAGGCGAAGGUUGCCCCUAACUGAAACACUACAGAUAAACACUACAGAUAAAAACUACAGAUAAGGAAAUUGUCAGAUCAAUAAAUAGUUUCUCACUAUUCCAUCUGUGUUGGAUUGUCUUUCGACUCCACCAGGCGGCCUUGUCGUCUGCUCCACCAGGCGGCCUUGUCGUCUGCUCCACCAGGCGGCCUUGUCGUCUACUCCACCAGGCGGCCUUGCCGUCUACUCCACCA